AUGAGAUUUUUGUAAAACAUGAUGCUCAUAUCAAUCGAUAUAUUAAAAGAAUAAUUUAAUUGUUUGAAGAAGGGUAUAUAUUUUAUCAUAAUCUAAUUUAAGCAUACAAACUGUAUUAAUACAUGGAUUAUCUGCAAGUAUUGAAAAAUGUGUAAGAAUUGCUUUAUAAAUAAUUGAUUAAUAUUGUGGAAUCACCUAUAAAAUAAAAACCAGCUCUCAAGAUAAUAAGUCUGGAAUCCAUAUUGAAUUGA